UAAAUGUAAUCCAAUAGAUGGAAAAGAAUAGAGAAUAGACACAAUGCUUCUUUCAUCCAUAAUAAAAGUAUCAGUAACUUUAUAGUAUGUUUAAAUAGCUACAAAGUUGUAUAAUAAAAUUAACAUAUUGUAGGAAGCAACAAAGUCUGUGGCAUUUUAUCGGCGCAUGUCUGUGACGUCAAAAGAAGUGGAAAAUGAGAUAUCCAAGAUAAAACUCCAACUCGAUCCUCAAAUUGAAACCAUUUUAUGUGCUGCUGAAGAUCCUGCGCUUAAAGAGUUGAUUAAGACUAAUCCAAAAGACAACUCUGAAGAGCUAUCGGCAUGGAAGUUUUUGAAGAAAUCCGAAUCUUCGAAACGGGCUCUAAUGACAGUGCUUAUUAUCAUGUCAAUUACAAUUUGGAUGGGUUCCAUAGCUCUUCAAGUAUAUGCGGAGCCGCUGUUCAAAGAAGCGGUACCGUCUAUGGACUCCAAUCAAUGUUCAAUAUACCUUGCAGUAAUUUUCUUGGUGGCAAGUUUGUUAUGCGCUUUGCUGUUAGAUAAGUUGGGGAGAAAGUUCCUAUUAACUUCCACAUGUAUUGGGUCCGGCAUCUUGAAUCUCAUGUUGGGUACUCAGCUGAGGUACCACUGGGCAUCGCAUUGGGUCACUGCAAUUCUUAUAUAUGCGUUCAGUUUCGUGUAUACUCUUGGAGCUGCGGUUGUGCCAUUUGUUUUAACAGCUGAGGUGUUCUUGCCAGAGGUUCGUGGCCUCGGUAAUAGCAUUGUUAUGGCAUGUAUGUGGAUCAUGAACUUCAUGACCCUUAUUAUUUUUAACCCAAUUGUCCAAGGCAUCGGUUUAGGAUUUACCUUCUGCAUUUUCUCAAUCAUCUGCUUCGCAGGAGCUAUCUACAGUCAAUUUUGGCUGCCCGAGACUAAAGGACUAUCAGCGGAUGAGAUACAAUUACUGUUUCAGAGGAAACCUAGGGUUAAAAGUAACAUCAAGAGGAAUAUUUGAAUCUAGUUUUAUAGAAUCGAGGUAUACCUUGUAAAAUUCAAUUGCUAUAACUGUUGAACUACGAUAUUUUGCAACAUUCAGGACCAAUUAAUAAUG